GAUCUCAGUCCAGACCAGCUGCUGAAUGACUGUUCAUAAGGGCCCCCUCUUACUCAAUCCCUGUGAAUUUAGCCAACAACGAUAAUCACCUAUGAGGGCAGUGACCCGGGAGAGGACCAACAGCCCUGUGGAAGAGAGAGGCUGCCAAGACACCAUGAAUUCUAUACUUGGUGUUCUCCUCACCUGGACUAUCGUUAUGACAUCAUGUGAUGCUUAUUGCUACGUUAGUUCAUUGAAGGUCUCUCCGGGGAGUCAACCAGAAGGUUGCAAAGAUCUUCAAGGUGUAUUGCGCUCUUUUAAAACUCAGUGGAAAAAUGAAGCCUGUGAGAUCUGUGAUUGUAGUUACAACGGAAUCACGUGCUGUAGCCUUAUGAUGACUCCUAUUGGAUACGACGAAAAUAAAUGCAAGGCAAUUUUCGACCCGGAAACUUGUACUCACAUUGCUGUACAGAAAGAAAAUCCCCUUAAGCCCUGUGAAGUGCCAAUAUAUAUUGGUUAGCAAUUCCACGUCCUGUUUUUGCUGCCAAAGUCAUCACCUCCCAGUGGAACUUGUCCUAACUUCAAGCAAUGAUGCUUUCCUUGUGGGCAGGACCUUGGACUUCCAUUCUCCUGAAGGCCUUGUCAGGUCUCAGGCACCCUGAUUCCACCACAAAGUGUCUCCUCUCUGACUCCUGAAGUCCUUUAAGCACCUAAGUUGUACACAUUCCUCCUGUAACCUGUUGUCUAAUGAAUAUCUCAAGAAAAUAUACGUUCCUCUAGCAUCAAA